CCAUCACCUUUGCGGUAGCACGUUCGUAGAAUAGAUGAUCCAGAUAACAUGUGCACUAGUAUCUCGUGCUCGUGAUAAUCACAGUCGUUCGAUUUCAUUUCUCCAUAAUUCCUCAUGACCGAUUUCUGUCUUUUACAUUUUCAUUGUAUCACGUCAUGAUCGUAUCCUUCUCAAAAACACCGCCUCGUCGACUGUCAUUCUAGAUGCAGAAUCUAGUGUUGACCGGCAUCGUUCUUGGCUCCCUCGGCGGCCUUGUUGGCGCCCUCGAUAGCGGCGUCCGAGAUCCCGGAGUUCUCCUUCUUCUGCUCGGUAGACUGUCCUUCCUGCUUCUUCUCCUCGCUCAUAGGGUCCUUCUUCUCGUGGUCCGGGGUGGUCUGAGUUCCAGACUUGAGCUGUUCGGGGUUUCCAGACAUGGUUGAUUGAGGUUCAGAGGUGAUCUGUUUGUGUGUGGUGGCAAGUGUGAUUGUUUUGUAUGGAUGUGAAAGAGAGGUAUCGAGGUCGAGGAAUGUGAGUUGUUGCAAGAUGAAUGGUUCUUUAAUUCGACAAGGUAUGUCGACGUGGGGAGGUGAAUUGGCUGAAGAGAAGCGAAAUGGCGUGACGUCACCGGAUUCCCUUUCCUUCGGCUCGGUGAGACGGUCGGCGGAAACGCG